CCUAGCGCCUUGGGAUGGGAUUUUCAAGGAAGGGGAAGAUGAGCAGGCUAAGUUGAUUUUUCGAUCGAACAUGGUAGCUAUGUUUGCGCAGAAAGGAGUGUGCGUGGCGUGGUACUGACUGAAGAAAAAAUUCCAGUCGGAAAAGAAGGAGUGAGCAUGGAGGAGCUGCGUAGGGUGCAUUCGAGUGACAGCGUGGAAAAGGCAAUUAUGGCGUGGAACCUGCUGAUCACGUCUGUAACAUACAUGCCUAUCCUCACCCAGAUCAUCGCUGUCCAAGUGUCAAACACUUCGGCUGCUCAUCUUCCCCUUGCUUCAAAAUCCCAUCCCAAGGCGCUAGGCUCGUAACCUCUGUCAUGCGAAUACUUCCUCCUGUACUGGGUACUCUACCGAUGUCCCGUGGUGAUAUCUGCAUUCGGCUGGACAUGGCGUCUACGAGAGUGCGGGCGAUGUCAUGUACGGCCGGGUUCGCCGAUGGCCGCGCCGCUUGUUGCUGGUGGCGUGUCUCGUGCUCGCUUCCGGUCCGGACGUUCUCUGUCCUCUGCUCCUCGUNAAGGAGUGAGCAUGGAGGAGCUGCGUAGGGUGCAUUCGAGUGACAGCGUGGAAAAGGCAAUUAUGGCGUGGAACCUGCUGAUCACGUCUGUAACAUACAUGCCUAUCCUCACCCAGAUCAUCGCUGUCCAAGUGUCAAACACUUCGGCUGCUCAUCUUCCCCUUGCUUCAAAAUCCCAUCCCAAGGCGCUAGGCUCGUAACCUCUGUCAUGCGAAUACUUCCUCCUGUACUGGGUACUCUACCGAUGUCCCGUGGUGAUAUCUGCAUUCGGCUGGACAUGGCGUCUACGAGAGUGCGGGCGAUGUCAUGUACGGCCGGGUUCGCCGAUGGCCGCGCCGCUUGUUGCUGGUGGCGUGUCUCGUGCUCGCUUCCGGUCCGGACGUUCUCUGUCCUCUGCUCCUCGUCUUGUUGCCGCCUCAUGUCCGGUAGCGUGAUUGAUCAUUUGGGUGGCUCAGUUGUGUGUGAUGGGAGUGUAGAGCAGCUCGGCCAUGACGGGCCGUAGGGGUAGGUGGGUAUCACAGAGGAUGUGCAUUUAGCGUUCCAGGCACUACGCAAAGCAUACCUCGCGACUUUCCCCCCUCCGCUGGGUAAGCAACGUAGUAAGGUACCUCAACUGGUAGUGAUUGGUUUUACUAGUUCUGUUGCAGACUCCUUGGGAUUUAUGCAUGAAUUCGAUUUUUUGAAGGAAAUGGUGGAUGAGUAUUUAACUGCUACACACGCUGGGACUACAUCGUUGUAUCCAUUUAAAUUUAUUGAGCAAUAAGCAUUGAUUGGUACAAAACGGUAUAUAGAUGACAUUUUUACGGUGCGAUAUGGUAACCAGACUGGACCAACAUUUGAAGAUAUUAUAUAUAAGGAGGGUAAUCAAUAUGGUGGUAUGUACCCAACGAUGGUGUUAGAUUCGAAUGGUGAUGAGAUAGACAACCCCGUUCGCGUUACCCAAGAACAGUGUGGGGAAUCAGCACACUUUCUGGAUAUGCAAAUAGGGCAAGACAUUCCUGGUAAGACUUGUAUCGGUAUGUAUAAUAAGCGCCAACAUAUGGCUACGCAGAAGCAAUAUCGGGCAUUCCCACAUUGGGAAACAGUGUUAUCUACUAGGUGUAAGAUGUCGACGUUACACUGUCAAAUGUGCCGAUUUGCUAUUAGAUGUACUGGCAUUCGAUUUUUCCAAGCUGCCACAGACAGCCAGAUUGAUAGCUGACAUGCUUGCACGUUUCUAUUCUAGUCGACUUAUACGUAAUACUUUACACAAUUUCAUGUAUACCUUUUUUCGUACCUCGCCAGUGACUGCAAACAUCGUGGGUGUAAAUGCACCUAUGGUGCGGAAUUCAUACUGGAAGAAAGUGGAGUUGGGUAUUUGGAAUCGAGUAGAUACGAAUGAAUUUUUGGUAGAUUAGCCUGCGUGCGAUUAUCUUUUCCUUUAUUGGUUAGUGUCCCGUUUCUUUGUUGAGCAAUUNCUUUCCUGUAUUGGUUAGUGUCCCGUUUCUUUGUUGAGCAAUUCCUGGAGUAGUGUUGUUGUGUUAUGUUCAAAUAUCGUUACAUGUCUAUGUGCAAAAUAAGAACGCCUGUUUAUAAAUAAUGACAUAAAAAUCAUGUUCAAAUUGCUUCUAGCGCUACCAAAAUUGUACACGCAUACUUUUGUAGGAGCCUGAUAGCUUAUAGCGAUGCGAAAAUCUGUGGGUACGAGGAAACUUUUUUGCGUGUGGUCGAAGAUGGACUGUGCGCCUCUGCACAAGCCCAACAUGCCACCAUGCACAACAUACUACUGCUGCCGUUCACCUGUCGCCGUCCUUCCACGUCUACCUGUCCAUGACACAUGCUGCCACUUGAUGCGGCAACAUCUGGGAACAACACGGACACAGGGAGUACCCCCGUACCCAUACGCACAACCUCUCAUUCCUCCCUUGUCAAACACAAAUGAUGUAACAUGCAUGAAAUGAUGAACUACUCUGUCUAGACUAUAUUUACAAGUAUGGUCCACGCUGCCUACAAAUGGGAGAGGUAGCCAUACCUCCUGCCUACACACGGACGAGAGAGGUGAACACACCCACUGCAUUUAACACACACCCACAUGUCGGUUAUGAAACCUCAUCAACCACACGCCUCUAUCGGCGACCACGUCAUCAGGAGGCAAUGAUGAGAAAUGUUCUCCCGUGCCCUUCUCACAUUUAACUACAUGAAAUUCCACAACAAAACAUAUAUGAGACACACAAGACAGCUACCAAACUGAUCUUUUGAGCCUGUCACCCGAGAGUUGUCCCUAUAUGCUGUCUAGGAAAUCGUAGACAUACAGGUAGUUUUCUCUGACCGUAUGAUUUCAUUGUUAAUCUGUCUCUGACUCUUUCCUAUGAUAGAGAUGGCACAUCAGCCGCACAUACUCCGCACAUAUGCAUACCAAACUGAGAAUAUGUUUGUAAACUGAUGGAGAUUGCAUGUGUUAGAACUAAUAGGGUGCGACACACAUACAUACGCCCGACUACCCAACAGUACCCAACACCUUUCGUCUGACCUUCCCAACAUAACAUAUAUGAGACACACAAGACAGCUACCAAACUGAUUUGUUGAGCCUGUUACCCACAGGGGAGAUGUCCCUAUAUGCU